UGGAGGUCCUCAUUGGUGAAUUGGGAGGGGUCCAGAGAGGCAUUGUCGAAGUCGUCAUCGGAGGUGGGUUGAGUGGUGUCGUUAUGGAAAAAGCGGGGGCGGGAGGGAGCGAGCACGGACUGGUGAUGGGGGUGGAGGAGUCGAUCGUGGUGAAGCACGCGAGAGAGGAGGUCAGAAAGGGGUAUGUCGGGUUCAUGGGUGAGGGCAGUUGCAAGAUCUUUGUGGCAUACUCGCUUGAUGCGGGAGAUGAAUGCAAAGUCAGGAAUGAUGGUGGUGGGGAGGUGAUGGCGGAGGGAGCGGAUGUAUUGGACGAAGCGGUCCGUGGGACCGGUCUGGCGGAGGUGACAGAAUUGUUAGAGGUAGUCAUCAAUGGUUUUCUGGGGGCGAAAGGUGGCAGUGAGAAGUUUGGCCCAUUGGAGGAAGGAGUGAUGUGGUCCUCCGGAGGCUCGGCGGUUGCUGACUUUGGCCAUCCACCAUUUGGCGGCAUUGUCGAGGAGGCAGGAGGUGGCAAUGGGGAGUCAGUGGACAAGGGGCAUGUGGUGGAGGUGAAAAGAGUUCUGGAGCUGGAUGAGGGGGGGGGUAGGGUUGAGGAGGAAGGGUUGGUGGAUGUGGUAGGAUUGGAGGAGGUCGUGGUUUGCGUUGUGGAGGAGGGAGGUGCGGCCGUGGUGACGACUGUGAUGGAGGGGUUGUUCCCUUCGAGCGUGGUGACGCAGUCGCAUAUGGACGACAUGUUGGCCUUUAUGUCGUCGAGAGAGGCAGUGACAGAGGUUUGGAGGGUGUUGAAUGCGUGGAGGAUGGUGGAGAGGUCAGGGGUGGCGGUGUUUGCUAGUGGUUGUUCGCCUGCGAGGUUGCGGUCGAUGCUAUCGACGGAGUCGGUGCGGAUGUCAGACAUGUUGAUGGAGGAUGCGGUCAUGUCGGCGGAAGAGGGGGUGGAGGACGCGGUCGGAAUGGAUGUGGAGGAUGCCGCAGCAGCGGUCGCAUCGGCAGCAGCGGCGGCGGCGCGUUGGGAGUUCUUGGUUUGGCGUGGUGGCAUGUGGAGGUGGGGGGGACAAUUCCUAUUUACAAGAGUAGAGCGUCAUCAAGUGAUUUAGCAAUGAAGGUAGCAAAGAAUCACAGAGCAAGAAUUAAUUUUGAAUAAAUUAAUUUGAAAUUA